AGGGGGAGGGGAAGACAAAGCGAGCUACCUGUAUCUCAGACGGACCGAGUUCGCUUGUGUCGUUGACCUGUUUUGUGUGUAUGUGCGCGUGCUCGAGCUAUUGUAAAAAGUUGAGUGUUCUCCUCAGAUUACCUAAUAAGAGUCACGAAAGAUGUAAGUAAAGCUAUCAUGUGAUUAAAUGAAAUGUGUGAAUGUAAGAUGCAUGUGUAAAAAUUAUUCACCAUUGCAUCGUUCGUGCCGAACGGGAGAUGCUUGGUUUGGGCGAGGGUUAAGGUCACACACCGCUGACUCAGCAGGGUCAAAUACUCCACAGAAAUGAAACUGUACUCCGUACUAAUGCUUGCAUGUACACCAGUGUGAAUUCAGGGCAUUGUCGUACUUAACAGCUUUCAUAGUGACGACGUGGGAUUGCAAAUCCUCUUUCCCAAAGGAGAGACAAGAUCGACCGACCAGGGUAUUCUUCAGCGGAACGCCAAUCGUCGAUCCGCAUUCUGUCAAGAUCAGAGAACAAACUUGUUCCAGUCCUAAAACAGCAGCCUGUCUCUGCACUGUCCAUAGACUAGAAACACUGACUUUUUAACUGGAAAAGACAGAUCAAGUGACGAUUUUCACAUCUCAACGUCUCCGACUUCUGUCUCAAAGAAGUUCACAGGGUAGACUCGGAGUACUCGGCAGUGAGUGGUUUGAUCCGUUCCUCUGCUUCCACUUGCUGCUGACCACACCAUCAUGACCUCUUACACAGGCGUUGGUGUCAUGUCUGGAUCCUCCUUGGACGGCCUUGACCUCUGCUGCGUCGAGUUCACGGGCGACGUGGACUUUGACAUCUGGAGCUACAGGGUCAAGACCACGAGGAUCGUGCCCUACACUAGCGAGUGGAGAGAGAAGCUGGGCAGCGCCGCCUCCCUUUCAGGCCUGGAGCUGGUCAGGCUGCAUUAUGACUACGCUCACUUCAUGGGACGCAUCUUGCAGAAUUUCAUUACCGAUUGCGAUGGGAAGGUGGACUUUGUUGCGAUCCAUGGACACACUGUGUUUCACCAGCCAGACCAGCAACUCACCUUUCAGCUAGGUGAUGGGGAAACACUAGCCACUUACCUCACCUGUCCCCUUGUGGCUAACUUCAGAGCCAAAGACGUGGCUCUGGGUGGACAAGGGGCGCCACUCGUGCCAUCAGGGGAGCGGUUUCUGUACAGCCAGAUGGCGCUUUGCGUCAACCUGGGUGGCAUCGCCAACGUAGGGAUGCGGGGUGGCGGCGCGUGGGACAUCUGCCCAUGCAACAUCGUGAUGAACAAGCUGGCCAGGUUGUACGACAGUAGCCUGGAGUACGACAGGAACGGAGAAAUAGCAGAGAAAGGUGAAGUGUGCCAAGAGCUCCUCUCCUCCCUGGAGUCCCUGGAGUUCUACAGCCUUCCGCAUCCCAAGUCGCUAGGCAACGAAUGGGUUGAAAGCAACAUCUGGCCCUUACUGGAUACCAACAAAUACAGCAUCCCCAACAUCAUGAGGACGUUUGUGGAGCACAUUACCAACCGCAUCGCAGACGCGUGUUCUGACACCGCAUCGACACAAAGGCCCGCAACCCCGACCAGCCCCUCCUCCUUCUCCUCCUCCCCGACCAGCCCCUCCUCCUUCUCCUCCUCCCCCAACAGCAGCAACUGCGUUAACGGCGCGAGAGACGAGGCGGUGCUGAUCACUGGCGGAGGAGCUCACAACGUCUUCUUGAUGAAGAAGCUGCGCGAGAAGCUGGCCGAGAAGGACAUCCGCAUCCACGAGACAGAUGACUGCACCGUCGACUUCAAAGAGGCCUUGGUGUUUGCCUACCUGGGGCUGCGGUCCCUUCUGGGGCUCACCAAUGUCUUCUCGGAGACCACUGGCGCCAAGCGGGACUGCGUGGCAGGCAGCAUACACCAGCCAACAUCUUUGGAACAGGUCAAAACCAACCUGCACGCUCACUUCCGCUCGCUGCUUAGGCGGCAGAUGUCGGCCUAGGUGUCCUCGAUACAUACCGUAGGUCCUUAAUGUGACUUGGCGGAGCCAAGUGCUUGCAUCCGAAAUUUAGGCGUGGAUGAUAUUGUUCAGGCCUUGAUUUAAUGCGCAGGAAAGAUGAAUACUGCGCGAGGCAUGUUCGGUCCGGCUUUAUUAUAGAUAUCCCGAGAUAUAUAUAUAGACCCUUAGACCGAUGUGAGUAUUCUAACAUAUUUUCGUGAAAUUGUCGAAUUUUGUUUGUUCGCGGUUUACCUCACGUUUCAUGUUUUAUCAAAGGACCUUUGUCAACGAAUACACAAAUUUCCAUCGUGGACACAGAGUUGAGAUGAUCGAACUCCAAAAAAAAACAUUAUAAAAAAGAAAUUGGUCCACACACCCCUUGAAAAGGUCAGAACUGUCAGACAUCCGAGCGGUGGAGUGGUGGUCCAGUAUAAAAGUUCAGAAAGCCUUUAUGUUAACACUGGUAACACCUCAUGAAGGAAGAUGUCUGUGUAAACCCCUCACUACCAUUGCAUUCCGACAGAAUCGCCAACUCAGCCGUGUAUUGUCACGAGAGUUUAUAGCGGCACCUCAUGUUGCUCACGCUUUGACCGCCAUUGCCUGCUUUAUUAGCUUGUCGAACCUGUGAAAGAAUUUCGCGAGGAAAACCAAAGUGAGCUUAGAGAACGCCAAUCGCUGUACAUACUGUAGUUCUCAAAGAUUGAAGGAUUGUUGAAAGAGUGCUGUUUGGCAACACUGCUCGAGACAAACGACUUGUUGAUCGUCUGAACCAAGAAACAUUUCAUUGAGAAUAACACCUCUGGCUUAGAUUAUCAAUAUCUGCAUGGGGUCAGCCUCCUGCUAGGGUGGCUAUAUUGAAAAAAUGGAAAUGAAAUGCCAGAGAAGAAGUAUAAAUUAUUAAGUAUUAUCUGUUUGUAAGCUGUAUUGUGUCUGCAUAAUUCUUGUCUGUGACAUUUUUACAUCAAACCUCAGGUGAAUGUUAAUGAAUAAUAAACAAAACAAAAUGAAACGAUUAUCAGUGGUACAUGUAAGAGAAUGUUUUUGACAUGUCUAGGCCAUUGCAGAGCGGAAGGGUGCUAAUGCGUUCAAUGGGAGAGAAAAGAGGAAUAGGAACAUUGCAGAGAAGUGGAAUUUAAAAUAUGACAUUACUGGCAACAAAAAAAAAUUGCAUUGAGACAAUAAAACGACGCAAAAAGCUUAACCCGUCAUCUGAUGUAUGCUUUAGGCAAAAAACUCGACUGAUGAUGAGAAGUGGAAGAUGGAAAUUAAACCUUUAAUUAACGUUGCACGCAAAGAAAAUGGGAGAUAACAAUCAUCUCGGCCGCUUGUGUGAUCAUCGUCGGCUGUAAUCCAGGAUUGUCGUUCUUUGAUUCCAGCCGUUGAAGUGAAACAGAAAAAUAGAGAGGAGGGGGGGGAGGGACACUAUGUAAAAUAGACUCGCGAGUGUCAGUCACAAUGUCUGUCACACGAUUUCCUCUUACAAAAUGGAAAAUGAAAUGUCAAUUCCGAAAUAAAUUUGAGCUCCUCA